CUGCCAGUGCCGUGAGCGUGACGUCAUAAAAGUAUGCUAUCAACAGCGUUUUAUGUUUGUGAGCGUGCUGUAAAUGCGUAUACGAUGUCUAAAAUGGAACAUUACUUUCAGUGCUGGCAGUGAACACAAAAGUAAACAACAGAUUAAUCUAUAAAAUGGAGAGAAAUGAUCAGAAAAUAUUUUUGAUUGCAACAAAUAUAAAUUUAAUAGCUGAAUCUGAUGAAUCAUCAAACGAUGAUUCAGAUUCGGCAGAAGUAUUAAAUUUAUUAGUGAAAAAUAAUGUAAAACGUGUACCUAAAGUACGGUGCCAAAAUUAUGUUGAAAAUGUAGUGUGGCAUUAUACUGGCAAUGUUUUUAAAAGCCAUUUUCGCCUUAGUCGACCAACAUUUACUUUUUUAUUGGAGCUGUUAACUCCGCAAUUAUUGAAACAGUCUGAAGAAUGUGGGAGGCAUACUAUUCCACCAGAGAAGACAUUACUCUUGGCAAUAUGGAUGAUGGCAACUCCCAAUUCGUAUAGAUGUGUUGCUGAUUGAUUCAAUGUCGGAAAAGCAACGGCUUGGAGAUGUGUUCACAAAGUUGUGAAUGCAUUAUAUUCACAUCUUCAUACAUUCAUUACAUGGCCAGACAGAGUAAGAGCAGAAAAUAUUUGGACACAUGUUAAAAACAAAUACAAAUUUCCAAAAGUGAUAGGAGCGAUAGACGGUACUCAUAUAAAAAUUGCAGCACCGAAAUUACAUCCA